GAAGUUGACUUUCUCCUAUAGUUAACCAGCCAGCCGCCUCCAAUGAUCUACUAACAUUUAUGAAUCAAUGUUGAUCCUUUCUCUCUAAUAUGAUUCUGAAUCUGAUUAAAACCCACAACCCAUUUCCGAUUUCUAGGGUUUCUUCGAAUCUAGCAUUUCUACACAAUUGGGGAUGCUGUUGAUGAUGAUGAUCUUCGAGUUUGUUUGAAUCUACUGAUAUCAAUCAAUUGCAGUCUAAAAAAGGAAAAUGGCUUGGAAAGAAGUUGCUAAUUCCAAGCCGUUGUUCCUUACAGUUUAUGCUACGGUCAUAGUUGGGAUCGUCUUCUCUUCUGUCUAUGUCUUCUCCGCUAUUUAUUCUUCAGGCAAUUCCUCUGUUCAGUCUUCAUCUUCAUGGCUACUCCCUUCAAAUGGGGAUUCUUCAAGUUUGCGUCAACGUUCCAAUGUUUCAACACCUGCCCCAACUCAGAGAAACAAAUCUGGAAAACAUAUUUGGGAAAUUCCACCUCCUGGUUCAAAAAUGCCCCCAUUGAAGACCUUUGCUUUGAGGAAAGAACUGAUUGAGAAAAGGGUUAAAGAUAAUGUCAUUGUAGUGACAUUUGGUAACUAUGCUUUCAUGGAUUUUAUUCUCACAUGGGUUAAACAUUUGACUGAUUUGGGUGUUGAUAAUCUUCUAGUUGGUGCAAUGGACACAAAAUUGCUUGAAGCUUUGUAUUGGAAAGGUAUUCCAGUUUUUGAUAUGGGUAGUCAUAUGAGUACGAUUGAUGUUGGAUGGGGUUCACCAACGUUUCAUAAAAUGGGAAGAGAAAAGGUUAUUCUAAUUGAUGCCAUUCUUCCAUUUGGCUAUGAGUUACUAAUGUGUGAUACAGACAUGGUCUGGUUAAAGAAUCCACUUCCUUAUUUUGCUCGUUUUCCUGAAGCUGAUAUCUUAACAUCGACUGAUCAAGUUGCACCUACUGUUGCUGACGAUGGAUUAGACUCCUGGGAACUAGCUGGUGCUGCUUAUAACAUUGGAAUUUUUCAUUGGCGGCCAACGGAACCUGCUAAAAAAUUGGCAAAAGAAUGGAAGGAUAUGCUUUUGGCUGAUGACAAGAUAUGGGAUCAAAAUGGUUUCAAUGACCUUGUGCAUAGGCAAUUGGGACCAGCUGUUAAAGACAGUGAUGGUCUUGUUUAUGUUUAUGAUGGAAAUCUCAAGUUGGGACUUCUUCCUGCAAGUACAUUUUGCAGUGGACAUACAUAUUUUGUCCAGGGUAUGUAUCAGCAACUCAGGUUGGAGCCGUAUGCUGUGCAUACAACAUUCCAGUAUGGAGGAACUGAAGGAAAACGCCAUCGACUACGAGAGGCGAUGCUUUUCUAUGAUCCUCCCGAAUAUUAUGAUUCCCCAGGCGGGUUCUUAACCUUUCGGCCAUCAAUUCCUAAGAGGUUGUUAUUUGAGGGGGUGCAUACUAUUGAUACACAUUUUUCUCUUGUCAAUUAUCAGAUUAAACAAAUAAGGACAGCUUUAGCUAUUGCUUCAUUGCUGGGUCGUACUCUGGUUCUGCCUGAACUAUGGUGCAGGUUGGACCGGUUAUGGUUUGGACAUCCUGGAAUUCUACCCGGGACCUUGACUAAGCAACCUUUUAUAUGCCCUGCGGAUCAUGUAUUGGAGGUGAAUGUAAUGUUAAAGGAGCUUCCUGAGGACGAAUUUGGACCUGGGAUCAAGUUCAGAGAAUAUUCUUUCUUGGACAAUCCAUCCUUACCUACAAAUGUAAAGCAAUCAUGGCUAAAUGUACAGCUCUGUGAAAGCGGUUCUGAAGGCUGUGAUGUGUCUAACAAUACAACUCCAGGACACCCAUUAAAAUUUCCUAAGAACAGUAACGAAGAAAUGUACAAAUCAAUAUUCUCCUCGUUCAAGGAUGUUAAAGUAAUUCAAUUCUCGUCAAUGCAAGAUGCCUUUGCGGGUUUCACUGACAAGAAAACGGAGGAGAGAUUCAGAUACAGGGUGAAACGAUAUGUGGGUAUAUGGUGUUGUGUGGAGAAUCAAGCGCCCGGACACAUAUAUUACGAUAUGUAUUGGGAUGAGAAACCUAAAUGGAAACCUCUUCCACCACAAAAGCCAGAAGAUGAUCAUCCUCCAUGGUGAUAAUAUCCUCAUUUUACCCUUGCAAAAGAGUUGAAAUUUAAAACAGAAAAUUGGAUAAUCAAAGGUAAAAGAAUUGUCAUAAUUUUAUAGAUGAGGAGUAAUGUUAUGGGACAUCAACAUGUACUUUUUUGUUAUAAUGCAAAUUGAAAUCUCAACGAGGGAAGCUGUA